AUGGAAGAGUUUAAGAAAAGAAACGGUAUAGUUUUCAAAGCAAUUUGUGGAGAAAGUAACGCUGUUGAUGUUAACAAAUGUAGCCAAUGGAUUGAAGACCUACCAGUUCUAUUACGCAAUUAUUCUGCUGAUGAUAUUUUUAACGCAGACGAAGCGGGUUUAUUUUAUAAGUGUCUACCCAAUAAAACUUUUACCUUAAAAGGUGAGUCUUGUCAUGGCGGGAAACUUAGUAAAGAGCGCAUUACAAUACUUCUAGGUGCUAACAUGUCAGGAACUGAAAAGUUGCCUAUCCUAUUAAUCGGAAAAUCUAAGUCUCCACGAUGUUUCAAAGGUGUAACAAAUAAAACUUUGCCGGUGAAUUACCAAAAUAAUAAAAAGGCAUGGAUGACAUGCACUAUUUUUUCUGAUUGGUUGAAGAAUAUAAACCAAGAAAUGAAAGCUCAGAAGCGAAAAAUUUUAAUGUUUGUGGACAAUUGUACUGCUCACAAUAAUAUGCGCGAGCUACGCCACAUUAAACUCGUGUAUCUGCCUGCGAAUACGACAAUAACUGUAGCUGAAAGCUUACAAGAGGAGGACGAAAAUUUAGAAACUGAUCCUGAAGAUUGGAACUUAGCCAUCAGCAACGACAAUAAUCAACAGCCAACAUUCCAAGAUUUUAUAAACGUCGAUGACGGUUUAAUAGUUUCAGGAGAACUUAAUGAAAGCGACAUUGUUCAUGCCUUCUCGUCUUCUUCAUUGGAAAAUGAAGAAGAAGACGAUGAAAUGAGCGCGGAAGUAAAUUUAGUAAAAAUUUCUAAACGCGAAGCAGUAAAAGCACUAGAAACUUUGCACAGUUAUUUUGAAAUGUCAUCAAUUGGUGACCAAAGCAUAUUUGAUAAAAAUUAUAAUAUCGAAAAACAUUUGAUGGCUGAUACUUCCAAACGACAAACUAAAAUGACAGAUUUUUAUAAUUGA